AAUAGUACUUUGUUAGAAGAAUUACCGUGGUUCUCACUAAAUCUUACUCUUGUGUAUAUGUGUAUAUGAUAUUGAUCUGUUACAAAUUUUACAAUUUUUUUAUUACAUUCGAUUUAUAAUGAUGAACUUUACAAUAAAUACUGUUCUUAAGCAAGAAAUUUCUAAGAUAGACCAUGUGUUCCUGCCUGCAGACUUUCAGGGGAACGUAAGCCAAAUAAGGUUAGUGCAGGAGUAUUUGAAGAAUGUUGUGAACUGGAUUGGAGAAAAAUCUACAAAGGCUCAAGGUCUUAGCAAGACCUUAACCAGCAUGGAUAAGCUGCGUUCUUCAGAACAUAUUUUGUAUCUUCUAAAAGAUGCUGAAGGAAAUAAUGGUUCUGGACAAGUUAUUGGCAUCCUUAAAAUUGGUGUUAAAAGCCUAUAUUUGCAUGACGAAUCUUUGAAAUGUCACAAAGUCAGUCCUCUAUGUAUUCUUGAUUUUUAUGUACUUGAGGAGUGCCAGAAAAUGGGCUUCGGGAAGAAACUUUUUGAUUAUAUGUUAGCUGAUCAAUGCAUUACAGUCGACCAAUUAGCCAUUGAUAAUCCUUCCCAGAAAUUUGAAAAUUUUCUUCAAAAGCAUUAUAACAUUGGAAAGUUAUUGAGACAGCAUAACUGCUUUGCAGUGUCUGCUAAAUUUUUCGAGAAUGUUCCGUCAAUAGACGACCAAAAUAAGAGAUUGCCACACAAGGAUAUAAACAAAGCAUUUAAGACAAUUAAUUCGACUUCCGGGCGAUCUACACCAACCCUAACCACAGUCGGUCGCUAUGCAGCACAACAACCAGCAUCAUCAAUGAAUUGGGUAAUUCAUGGAGGCGAUAACACGCGGUAUAAUACGGAGAUUCCAGCCAGACCAAAGAUCACAAGUGAAACGAAGGCUGAUCAAUCACCCGUUAUUGAUGAACUAAAGCUUAUAAAUGAACCGGAGUACACAAUGAAAGCUCCCGAAGCAAAGUACCUCGAGAGGCCGUCGUCUCUCGAAGUACGUCCCGUCUCUCAACAGAUCAGCAUUGACGUAACUUCUCAUGGUACAAUGUCAUCUCACCCUACUCCAUCCCUUACCAAGGACGGCUAUGUCGAUUUGAAAUAUUACCAUAACAAACUGUGGUAAAAUUGCGGCAGCUCUAAGGGCUCCAUUAUUGUCGUUUCAUGUUUAAAUUUGAAUCUAGUAGAUAUAGCUUAUUAUAAGGUGUAAACCAAAGCUUUUACGGUAAAUCGUCUAUUCGUUUCAAGAGGAGUAAUGCUAGCUACCAGGCUGUAGAAUAGGCUACAAGUAGUUUUCUCUCAUAAAACGUUAUAUGUCUACUUUUUUCGUUGCGUGAGUAACCAAUACUCUGGCUCUAUUAGGUAGACUGAAAAGUUCGCAGGUUGUAGGCGUGUACAUACAUGGCAUAAUAGUUAUAAAUUAGUAUGAUUUUUAGUUAGCCCUUAUCAUUAAAUGAUACCGGUAUAAAUUUGACAACUAUCGUCAUUAGUUUAUGAGAUAUAGUAUUUUGUGUAACGGAAUAUUGUUUGUUUAAAAAAAUGGAUAAAAAGGAAUUUCGCUUGUUAAGGAGCCAAAGCUUGUGCUAAUGAACAUUAUUCGGACGUACGUGGUUUGCUAAGUUUAAACGAGGCGAAAUGAGCACAGAGGACGCCCCCAAAGAGGCAGUUACCGACGCAAGCAUUAAAAAAUAAUUUUAGUUAACCGAAAAGUGAUGUUGAUUCAGAUAGCUGAGAGCCUCAAGAUAUCAAAGGAACGUGUUGAUCAUAUCCUAGAUGAAUAUUUGUAUAUUCGAAAGCUCUGUUCAAAGUGGGUGCCGCGCGAGCUCACAAUCGACCAAAAACAAUAAAUUGAUGAUUCUGAGCAGUGUUUGAAGCUGUUCAAUCCUAAUAAAUCUGAAUUUAUUCCACCAUAUUCUCCAGAUUUGGACCCAGCGACGUUUUCCUGAACAUACAAAAAAUUAGAAGCCCAAUUGGAGGAUGAAGACAAUUCGUACUGUAAAAAUGUUUCGAAAAAUUUUACACCGCUAUAAUCGUAUCGCUUUCGAAGGCAACUGUAUGAAACAAUCAAAUCAAAUUCUAUAAAAUUACAAAUGACCUACGAACUUUUCAGCCCACCUGUUAAGUCUAUCUAAUAAUCAUUAAAUUUAAUCUAUGUUAUACCGGCGCUUGUUAAUGAAUAAGUUCACGAGUAUUAACUGCUUCUAUAUCGGGUACUAAUUUAUGUGGUAACUAUAAUGUUUACAAAUCAAUUGCACAAAGUAUUAUUUAUUUAUUAAUUUAAUCGAUGUUGUUAAGUAUUAAUAAGUUAUUAAAUUUUAUAUAAGUGGCUUUAAUCGAUUAAGUUAUCUACAACAUUCCCAUUGAUAAUAUUGUGUUACGGAUCUGAAGAUUUUAUCGAAAGGAUAUUUUAAAAUGCUCAAAUAAUAUUCAAAAUGUUGAAAUUUUAGGCCAAGUCAAAGUUGAUAAACACGUUUUGGGUUUGCUCUUUUAUGUAUAAUUUCCUGGCACCUGUGAUAAAUUUAUAUUUUGAUUAACUUAUAAGUGCUAUGUUUUAAUUACGAGUACUAAUGAAAAAAGUACGGGAUCAACAGUAGUCACGAGGCAUGUUUACAUUAUUGUAUUUAAUAAAUAUUUUUGAUUUGCAAUUAAAUUAUUAU